AUGGCGGUCAAUGAGCAUGUCGACAUUGCGACCGAGAAGGGUGAUGUUGUCUACCAUGAAGAGGCGACCACUGUCUCGCCUCCAUCAGAGCCGCAUGCUGUUGGUGCGGAAGCGAGCAUGACAUGGAAGACCUGGCUGGUCAUCGUCAUAUUGUCAUCCUGCUUUGGCAUAUCAUUCUGGCCUGUACCAACAACGGCUGCACUCCAAGCGAAGUUGGCACCACAACUCGGCGAUCUCACAGGCGUGACUUCAUACUGGUUCAUCCCUGCCUAUACGACUGGAAGCGCCCUUGGUUUCUUGAUUGCGGGAGCGAACAGUGAUCUCUUUGGGCGUCGACUGUUCCUCUUGUUCGGCGAGGUGAUGGCCGCUCUCGGAAUGACUGUCUCUGCGACUGCCAAGUCUUCCGAACAAUUCACCGCUGGACUCGCCCUUGCUGGUUUCGGUGGUGGCUUUUGCCAGAUGGCUAUGUGCUCUAUCCCUGAGCUCAUGCCAAACAAGUACCGACACAUUGGUAUCUGCUUAUCGGACGGCUUCGUCUUCCUUAUUGUGAUCAUCGGUCCGGUCGUCGGCCGUUAUGCUAUCGAUACUGAUGGCGGCUGGAGAUACAUCUACUACGGAGGCUUCAUUGCUCAAUUCAUAAGCUUGGUGUUACUCGCUUGGCUUUACCACCCGCCAAAGCACCCCCGUGGUGUGGCCUGGAAAGAGGCAUUGCCAGGACUGGACUAUGUCGGGACUGCACUAGUGGUGCCUGGCGUCUGCUUGGUCAUCGUGGGUAUCAUCAACACAACAUACAUGGCUACAACCAGUAAGAUGGUAUUAGCCCCGAUGUGUGUGGGUUUCGGCCUUCUGGUUGCUUUUGGCUUCUGGGAAACCCUGUCGAAGACUAAAUAUCCUCUAUGCCCUCCCCGUAUAUUCCGCUCUCACAACGGACGAGAGUUUACUGUGCCAUUUGUUGUGGCUUUCAUCGUCACUAUGUUUUACUACGGGAUCAAUAUUAUCUAUCCCACCAUGGUGAACGUGUUUUACAUCACACCUACGACUACCCGCUCAGAGCAAUUGCUGUUGACACUUCCCGGAAACAUCGGUCUCGUAUUCGGCGCCAUGUGCCUCAUAUGCUUCGGUAAUUUGAUUGGCCAUUGGAAAUGGACGCUCUGUAUAUCUUGGGCGGGCAUGACGCUCUGGGGUGGUCUCAUGGCCCUGGUCACGCCAUCCAACAAGGGACUGAUGAUCGCCUUUGCCUUUCUCGAGCAGACGUUCUUUGGUUGGGCGCAAUACGAGUCGAUUGCUUUCACUCAGCUCGGCGUUCACCAACAUGAUCUCGGCAUGUCUGGCGGUCUUGCAGGUGUUGCCCGAUAUGCGGGCGGCAGUCUUGCACAGGCAAUCUAUGUCAGCAUCCUCGCCAACUCACAGGGCCCGAAAGCCGCCAGCCUUGUCCCUGCAGCGGUGAUCCAGGCUGGCGGUACCUCCGCUAUGGCAACGGAGAUCCUGGCAGCUUUCCCACUUGGCGCUACAGCGCUGGCUAAAGUGCCUGGUGUGACAACGCAGAUACUUACUGCUGCCGGUACCGCUUACCAAUGGUCGUACGCUUAUGGUCUGCGCAUCACAGCUCUCUCCUCACUGGCAUUCGGCGGGCUCGGCUUCAUCAUGUGCUUGCUCUGCGAAAACAUUGAUGAAAAGAUGAAUUCGACAACUAACGUCUUUUUGGAGAACGAUGUCAAUGCGGACAAGAACGAGUAUCACUAA